AUGCUCUACACUGUCAACUCUCGGAUUGUUUUCGAUGUCCAUGCCAACAACGAUACACCCGUUGUUACAGUACUGACGAGGGCACAUGGGAUGACCGACUUUGAUUCCCUGAUGAAUGAAAUCCGUAGUACUCAGGCUCCUACUGAUGUACAAAAUGAUCCUGAGCUCGAGUCCAUCAACGAGAAGAGCGAGAAAAUCAAGAACAGCUCUCGCACAUACGCUGCGUCGGAUAUUGGACCGACAGAGAAAAGCGACUUGGCAGAUCUGGGCAGCCAUGGCCAGACCAUGACCCGACGAACGGCGUAG